GUUGUUUAUAUAUUUCAGCGCCUUUUGGCGCCUAGAUUGUUUUUAAAACACGUUUUUUUCGUUUUACUUUUGUAAAUAAGUGUUUUAUAAGUUGAUUUUAAGUUUGGUGAUCGAAUUGCUUGCCAGGAAAGCAAACUGCAAAUACGGAGCGGUAUACAUCAGCCUAGGGUUUUCAAAAGUACCGAUGGUUUCGUAUUACAAUACGUCAAACUUAGUGUAUCAAAGCGCAUAUAUAACUCAUGAAUAAAGAAAUGUCCUAAUUUCUUUUAUAUGUAAAUAACUUUUGACAAAUAUUUUAUCGGUUAAUAAAGAGUGGAUGUGUCAUCUACGUGUUUUUUUAAAUCUUACACCAUGGGAUAAACUGAAUAAGAGGACUGGAGCAGAAUUAUGUAUUAAUGUACCAAGCGGUGUCGUCAUGCUAAAGUGAACUUGAAAAGUAAUUGUUUUCUCUCGACCAAAUCCUGGAUGUACACAACAAAAUGGCGAGAAGGACGUCCAUAAAUAUUCCUCCUAUACGAAGCGUCUGCAGUUGGGAGCCCCAAGCGCUGGUUUUCGAAGAUAAGAAAAUGAGCAAUAGAGAGAUGUUGUACCGUUCUGUCCUACAGCAAGGCACCGCUGCUUCAACUGAAUCCCCAUCCUUGCCAACAAGAGACUUGUCUCCAAUGUCAAGUCUAGCCCUAAGCUUUCACAAUGCUGCCCCUUUCUCCAACUCUACCCCAAGACGAAAACUCUCGCUUAGUUCAUCCACUUCAGAUUCUUCGUUCAGUUCCUGCGAGUUAUCGUUCGGUAAAUCUCAGGAAAAUAGGAGCUUUGAGGAACAGGGAAACACAAUGCUGAUGUCACCCACCCACAAGAAAAUAAUCCGCGAGAAGGAGCAGUUUGCCUCCCCUCGCAGUGAAGAAACUUCAAUGAUGUCUCCACCUGCUGUGAGCCUUUUGUCGCCUUCAAGAAAGAUGAUGGCUCGCGAUAAGGAAAACUUCCCCUCCCCCUACUUCUCACCUUCGCAUUCAACUCACAUUCCUCAUCGGCCGCGUUCCUCCCCACUGCAAGAUGUCCAGAAUACUGUGAACAGAAACCUUACCUUUAGCCCUAUGAAGAAGAGACUGCAGAUGAUUUCUCCCACCAAGUUGGUCCUGUCGUCACCCCGCAAACCCUCCCCUCCAGACGACUUUGAUACAAAUUCUCAAGAUAGUGGUUACUCAGAGAGUGGGAAGAAGGUGGAUGAUAAAUGUUUCAGUGUCCCGGUGAGUGUUGCUCCACGCAAGCUGAAUUUAGACUUGUCCCCGCCGAAGGUGAGGUCUUUGGUAUCUCCAUCAAAAAUCUCAACGUGCACCACAACCACUACAACUCUGAUGGCAUCGACACCUGUGACAUCAGGGACUUCAACGCCAAGUGGUGAUGAAAAUCGGAAACCCUCAAGGAAGUUCUCUUUAAACAAGGGGGAUGAGGAAGAUAGCAUGCUCAUGGAUUUGCUCAACGACAGUCCAAACAAAGCGGACCAGCCUCUAGGUUUUGCCAAUCUCUUGUCAGCUCCUAUCCAGAAAGAGUCCACCCCUUUCGAUAAUUCAUACCAAUGGCGGCCUACCAUCAAGCGAUGCCUCUCAAUGGUGGAUAUAACACCAACAUCGUCUAGAGUUGAAUCCAUGACAUCUGGUGAGCGAAUGAGUCAGUCAAGAUAUGGUCGUUUUAAACGGCCAGAAGCUCCAGUUGAUCUGUCAGGCUUUGUUGAGUUCAAAAAAAGAAGGGAGGAUUCCGACCGAACCAUCUCUCCCUUAAGUUCAGCCACUCCUACUACUGCUGUUGGUUCAUCUCCUCUCACACAGAGACAGGUUUCUGCACCUGAGCCUAAAACUGAAGAAGUGCCAAAGCCCAAAAUUGUUCGCUCCCAUUCUGAAAGUCAUGUGUCCAUCAUGAAGGCUUUGAAUAAAUGUUCCAACCACAACGGUGAGCUCACAGGGGAUUUCUCCAAACCUAUAGCCUUGCCCACCAUAGAAGGAGGAAAGCAUCCAGAUCUGAAGGCAAUCAGUGUGGACACAAUGGCAGAUUUGUUGAAGGGUAAAUACUCAGAACAGAUUGCCUCCUUCAAGAUUUUGGACUGCAGAUAUCCUUAUGAGUACGAAGGUGGCCACAUAGCUGGUGCAGAAAUGUUCCAUCACCCCAAGAUGAUCAUCGACCAUUUAAUGGCUCAGGAGGGAGCACCUAUCAUCGGCAAGGAAGGAACUCCACGCCACGUCCUCAUCUUCCAUUGCGAGUUCUCUGCCGAGAGAGGUCCCAAGGCGCAGAGGCUGCUGCGAGAAACGGACAGGGCGACGAACAAGGAACAUUACCCGGCCCUGCAUUUUCCCGAGACCUACUUAUUAGAAGGCGGUUACAAGGCAUUCUUUGAGAAAUAUCCGGAGCUGUGCACACCCAAAUGCUACGUACGCAUGUUAGACUCAAAUCAUGCCGAAGACCUGAAACACUUUAGAGGGAAGAGCAAAUCGUGGCAGGCAGAGAACAAGCAAUCAAAGUGCAGAAAUACUUUACCAAGAACUGGAUUGAAGAGGUUGGGUUUAUGAUGAUUGUCAGUGUUAUAGGUUUCUCUCUUUCUCCACUUGUACAGCAUUAAGGCGUGCAAUAUGUUCCCGUAUCUUUUGUUGUGUACAGAGAUUUUUUUUUUUUAGUCCAGGUCUGGUUAUCUUCGGUAAUAUGCAUUGCCAUGUAAUGUGGCAUUAAUUGUAGGUUUAGUUGAAUACCAAAGGAUUAAUUUAUAUAUGUAAAUAUUUUUUUUUUUUUUUUGUCAUAGAUGUUUUAGAGCACUAUGGAUACCAUCUGGACUUGAUUUUGUUGAUUAUUUUUCUCUUGUUUUCCAUCCACAUACUUAGCAGCACUUUGGUAAGGUUUUGUGAUUUUUUCUCCCCCGUUUUGUGCAUUGGUUUAGUCGUAAAUCUCUGGCCCACUAUGCUUUCACUGCCAUUCAGUUUGUGUAAUUACUGAUAUAGCCCAGAGUAAAUUUUUGUAUUGUCCACUUGAGAAUGCUUGUUAAAACCUCAUGGGUACAGUUGGGUGUUAUUGCAGAAUAUGAAAUAUGUUUUCAGGAUCUGCAGUUGAGAUGGAAUAAUUGUAUAUUCUCUCACAACUAAUUUGUACCUCGUGGAGACUUGCAUAGGAUUCUGGACACCUGUCAUGGCCUAAUAAUAACUCAUCUUUUAUAUAUUCCAAUGCAAGUCUGUGAUAUAUUACACAUCAGCUUAUAGAGACGGUAGUUCAAGAAUUGUUUUUCCGUGCCUAAUUGAUUCUAUUUCGAAAUGGAAGCGUACUGUAUCUUGCUGGAUACGUUUAUAUUGCUCAUUUUGUUUUUAAUAUAUUUUACCAGUGAAAUAGUGUUGUGUUGUGUGUAACUGUGUAAGUUGUACUUACUGUGCUAGUGUUUACGAGAAUAGAGUUGUCAUCGGAAUUUGAUUUUCUAUUUGAAAUUCUGACACUCAGAAGUUCAGUCAUUUUGGAUGUGUUAAAAGAAAAUUCUUGUUAUAUUUAUUUUAAUCAUGAGGACACUUGCAAUCUUCAUGGUGGAGUUGUUUUCAUUGUGAGGUUUGGUUGCUUUCAAUUUGCUUAACGCAUGACAACUGUAAUCUGUGUAACUGCUAGGCUUCGCCGCCAAAAAAUUUUGAAAAUUUUCCUAGAGAUCUCGGUGUCACCUGACAUCAACAAACAAUAUUACAUAUCAGAAGGGGCCAGAAGCAGAAAUGAAGACAGCAUAUCUCUCUCACUCUCUCUUCUCUCUCUCUCUCUCUCUUGUUUAUUCCAGUCGUGUUAUGUUUUCACCCUCCCGAAUGACUUUUGUUUUCAAUUUUUUCCUCUUAUCCUGGAGACUGCAAGAAUUUCAAUAUUUUUGUUAAUGGUAUAACAUGGGGUUGAAUAUUAUUAUGUACAGAUUUCAUUAUUACACAUCUCUCUAGUCCUGUGUUAGGGUUCUUGAACCCAAAAGCUCUUUUUUUGGAAUUUUUUUUUUCUUUCAUGUGUACUGUUCACAAUAAUACAACCAAUUUUAA